UGGCCCAGUUACAGAUCGUGGUGCUAUUUCAUUGGUUGAUACAAGGGAAAGGGAAUCCCCUCUGAACGGUGUGCCUUGCCAGGCUGUAACGUCAAUCAACACAUGUUUUGACAGUUAGGAUUUCUCUUUUUCUGCAUUAUUGUACCAGUGUCGAGGGUUGCACCGACGGGAGGAAGAUGAGGUGGAAAUUACUGUAUAUAGGUGUCUUGGGACUUAUUUUGAUGUCGGGGCUAUGUGCGGCCCAGGAAGACGGUGAAGAUGAUGUAACUAUUGAAGAAAGUGUUGGAAAGAGUCGUGACGGCUCCAGAACCGACGAUGAAGUUGUUAAAAGAGAGGAAGAAGCUAUACAAUUAGAUGGUUUGAAUGUGGCCCAGAUGAAAGAGCUUCGUGAAAAGGCUGAGAAACAUGCAUUCCAGGCAGAAGUUAACAGGAUGAUGAAGCUAAUCAUCAACUCCCUGUACAAGAAUAAGGAGAUUUUCCUCAGGGAAUUAAUUUCCAAUGCAUCUGAUGCCUUGGACAAGAUCCGAUUCAUGAGUCUCACAGACAAGGAUGCUAUGGUAGCUACAGAUGAACUCAGCAUCAAAAUUAAGGUAGACAAAGACAAUCAUGUCCUCCACGUCACAGACACUGGUAUUGGUAUGACGAAAUCUGAUCUCGUCAACAACCUCGGAACCAUUGCCAAAUCUGGUACCAGCGAGUUCUUAAAACACCUCGGGGAUGCAAACUCAGCAACUGAGAUGAACGAUUUGAUUGGACAGUUCGGUGUGGGCUUCUAUUCAUCUUUCCUAGUUGCUGAUCGUAUCAUUGUCGCUUCAAAACACAACGAUGAUGAACAGUACAUUUGGGAGUCUGACUCGGAGUCCUUCUCUGUCACAAAGGAUCCCCGUGGAAACACCUUGGCCCGUGGUACUACCAUCAGUCUUCAUAUGAAAGAGGAGGCCAACGAUUUCCUGGAGGAGUCCACUCUGAAGGACCUCAUCCGCAAAUACAGCCAGUUCAUCAACUUCAACAUCUACCUGUGGACCAGCAAGACAGAGGAGGUUGAGGAACCCAUUGAUGAGGAGGAGGCAAAGGAUGAGGCUGCAGAGGAGGAUAAAGAUGAGGAAAAAGAUGAAGAUGAUGAUGAAGGAAAGGUAGAGGAAGAAAAGGAAGAUGAGAAGCCAAAGACAAAGAAAGUUUCGAAGACUGUGUGGGAUUGGGAUCUUAUGAACAGUGUCAAGCCUAUCUGGACCAGGAAAUCUUCAGAAAUCACAGAUGAUGAGUACACCGAAUUUUACAAGUCCAUCAGUAAGGAUCAUGAAGAGCCGAUGGCCAAAGUCCACUUCACCGCUGAGGGAGAGGUCACCUUCAAGUCUAUCCUCUAUGUACCGAAGACUGCCACACCUGACCUGUUCCAAAACUAUGGCAAAACCCAGGAACACAUCAAGAUGUAUGUGAGGAGAGUGUUCAUCACCGACGACUUUGAAGACAUGAUGCCCAAAUAUUUGUCUUUUGUGAAGGGAGUGGUUGACUCUGACGACCUUCCAUUAAACGUAUCUCGUGAAACCCUACAACAACACAAACUCCUCAAGGUCAUCAAGAAGAAACUGGUCAGAAAGACACUCGACAUGAUCAAGAAAAUUGAUAAAGAUGAUUAUGAAAAGUUCUGGAAAGAAUACAGUACAAGCAUCAAGCUGGGAGUGAUCGAGGACCACUCAAACAGAACCCGUCUGGCCAAACUUCUGAGAUUUGCUUCAUCAAACUCUGACACAGAAAACACAAGUCUGGCUGAUUAUCUGGAGAGGAUGAAAGAAAAACAGGAAUCCAUUUACUUUAUGGCAGGAACAAGCAGGAAGGAGGUUGAACAAUCCCCAUUCGUUGAGCGACUAUUGAAGAAAGGAUAUGAAGUUCUGUACCUUGUGGAGCCUGUUGAUGAGUACUGCAUACAGUCCUUGCCUGAAUUUGACGGAAAGAAGUUCCAGAAUGUCGCCAAAGAGGGUCUGAAACUGGAUGGGGACAGCGAGAAGGCUAAGGAAACCAAGGAUGAACUGCAGAAGGAGUAUGAGCCCCUGACCACCUGGCUGAAGGACGAUGGACUCAAGGACUUGAUUGAGAAGGCCACCGUCUCCGAGAGAUUGAGCCAGUCACCAUGUGCCCUAGUGGCUAGCCAGUAUGGCUGGUCAGGCAACAUGGAGAGGAUCAUGAAAUCUCAGGCCUAUGCCAAAGCCAAGGAUCCAACAUCUGACUACUACGCAACACAGAAGAAAACCCUUGAGAUCAACCCUGGACAUCCUCUCAUCAAAGAACUUAAAACUAAGGUAGAAGCCGAAGAUGAAGGUGCUAAAGAUCUUGCCCUCAUUUUGUAUGAUACAGCCACCCUUCGCUCUGGAUUUGCCAUCAAGGACUCUGCAACAUUUGCCAAGAGAAUUGAGACAAUGUUGAGAACAUCUUUAGACAUUCCAUUUGAUGCUAAGGUGGAUGAGUUACCAGACUUUGAGGAGGAAGAGGCUGCUGCUGAUGAUGAUGAGGCAGAAGAAGUUAGCAGUGAAGAUGGAGAACAGAAAACAUGUACGAGCUGCCAUGGACGGAAGCUAUUAUGGUUUGGACAGGAAGAAGAAAAAGACAGUGACGGCGACGGUAUACCGGACAGCGAAGACAAUGACGAUGAUAAUGAUGGUAUUCCAGAUUCACAAGAUAACGACGAUGAUGGAGAUGGAAAACCGGAUAGUGAAGAGUAUUGUGACAAAGAUGGAGGAUGCAAAGGGAUGAAAGAUUCGGAUGGAGACGGCAUUCCAGAUCAUUUAGACGAUGACGAUGAUGGUGAUGGUAUCCCUGAUGACAAAGAAAAGGAUACUGAUGGUGACGGGAUUCCAGAUUAUCUUGAUGAUGAUGACGAUAAUGAUGGAAUUCCAGAUCAUCUGGAUGAUGACGAUGACGGCGAUGGCAUUCCUGACGACCAAGAGGACAGCGAUGGAGACGGUAUUCCAGAUGUCAAAGACAAUGACGAUGAUGGUGAUGGAAUUCCAGAUGACGAGGAAAUUGACACUGAUGGAGAUGGCGUACCUGACUAUUUAGAUGAUGACGAUGACGGCGAUGGAAUACCUGAUUAUUUAGAUGAAGAUGACGAUGGCGAUGGUAUACCGGAUAACCUUGAAGAUUCUGACGGCGAUGGUAUUCCCGAUAGUCUUGAUGACGACGAUGACAAUGAUGGUAUUCCUGACGACAAAGAAAAGGACACAGACGGUGAUGGUAUUCCUGACUAUCUGGACGAUGAUGACGACAAUGAUGGUAUUCCAGAUCAUUUAGAUGACGACGACGACGGUGAUGGUAUUCCAGAUAACCAGGAGGACAGUGAUGGUGAUGGCAUUCCAGAUUAUUUAGACGAUGAUGCUGAUGGAAAUGGCAUCCCCGACGACAAGGAAAAGGACACUGACGGCGAUGGCAUUCCUGAUUAUCUUGAUGACGAUGACGAUAAUGAUGGAAUUCCAGAUCAUUUAGAUGACGAUGAUGAUGGAGAUGGAAUCCCUGAUGAUCAGGAAGAUAGUGAUGGCGAUGGAAUUCCUGAUCAUUUAGAUAAUGAUGAUGACGGUGAUGGUAUUCCUGAUGACAAAGAAAAGGACACUGAUGGUGACGGAAUUCCAGAUUACCUCGAUGACGACGACGAUAAUGACGGGAUUCCAGAUCACUUGGAUGACGAUGAUGAUGGAGAUGGAAUCCCAGAUGAUCAGGAAGAUAGUGAUGGCGAUGGAAUUCCUGAUCAUUUAGACAAUGACGACGAUGGCGAUGGCAUUCCGGAUGACAAGGAAAAAGAUACGGAUGGCGAUGGAAUUCCUGACUAUCUUGAUGACGAUGAUGAUAAUGAUGGCAUUCCGGAUCAUUUAGAUGAUGACGAUGAUGGAGAUGGUAUUCCUGAUAAUCAGGAGGACAGCGACGGUGAUGGUAUUCCAGAUUACUUAGAUGACGAUGAUGAUGGCGAUGGUAUUCCGGAUGACAAAGAAAAAGAUACGGAUGGCGAUGGAAUUCCUGACUAUCUUGAUGACGAUGAUGAUAAUGAUGGCAUUCCGGAUCAUUUAGAUGAUGACGAUGAUGGCGAUGGUAUCCCUGAUAAUCAGGAGGACAGCGAUGGUGAUGGUAUACCAGAUUACUUAGACGACGAUGCUGAUGGCGAUGGUAUUCCUGAUGACAAAGAAAAAGAUACGGAUGGCGAUGGAAUUCCUGACUAUCUUGAUGACGAUGAUGAUAAUGAUGGCAUUCCGGAUCAUUUAGAUGAUGACGAUGAUGGCGAUGGUAUUCCUGAUAAUCAGGAGGACAGCGAUGGUGAUGGUAUACCAGAUUACUUAGACGACGAUGCUGAUGGCGACGGUAUUCCUGAUGACAAAGAAAAAGAUACAGAUGGAGACGGAAUUCCAGAUUAUCUCGAUGACGAUGACGAUAAUGACGGGAUUCCAGAUCAUUUAGAUGACGAUGAUGACGGAGAUGGAAUCCCAGAUGAUCAGGAAGAUAGUGAUGGCGACGGAAUUCCAGAUCAUUUAGAUAAUGACGAUGACGGCGAUGGUAUUCCCGAUGACAAAGAAAAGGACACAGAUGGCGAUGGCAUCCCUGAUUAUCUCGACGACGAUGACGAUGGCGACGGCAUUCCAGAUCAUUUGGAUGACGAUGAUGACGGCGAUGGUAUUCCAGACGACAAGGAAAAGGACACAGACGGUGAUGGCAUUCCUGAUUAUCUCGACGAUGACGAUGAUGGCGACGGCAUUCCAGAUCAUUUAGAUGACGACGAUGACGGCGACGGCAUCCCCGACGACAAGGAAAAGGAUACUGAUGGCGAUGGCAUCCCUGAUUAUCUCGACGAUGACGAUGAUGGUGAUGGUAUUCCAGAUCAUUUAGAUGACGACGAUGACGGCGACGGUAUUCCAGAUAACGAAGAAGACAGCGAUGGUGAUGGAAUUCCUGAUCAUUUAGACAAUGACGACGACGGCGAUGGUAUACCUGACGACAAAGAAAAGGAUACUGAUGGAGACGGAAUUCCCGAUUAUCUCGAUGACGAUGACGAUAAUGACGGAAUUCCAGAUCACUUAGACGAUGACGAUGAUGGUGAUGGUAUUCCCGAUGAUCAGGAGGACACUGAUGGCGACGGUAUCCCUGAUUAUUUAGACGAUGAUGAUGAUGGCGAUGGUAUUCCUGACGACAAAGAAAAGGAUACGGAUGGUGACGGGAUCCCCGAUUAUCUGGAUGACGACGAUGAUGGCGAUGGUAUUCCCGAUGACAUGGAUGACGACGAUGACGGCGAUGGUAUUCCCGAUAACCAAGAAGAUAGUGAUGGAGAUGGAAUACCUGACUAUUUAGACAACGAUGAUGAUGGCGAUGGUAUUCCUGAUGAUCAGGAAAAGGACACAGACGGUGAUGGCAUCCCUGAUUACCUGGACGAUGACGAUGAUGGUGAUGGAAUUCCGGACCAUUUGGAUGACGACGAUGAUGGCGAUGGUAUACCUGAUGAUAAGGAGAAAGAUACCGAUGGAGACGGAAUUCCUGACUAUCUUGACGAUGACGACGAUGGCGAUGGUAUUCCGGAUCAUCUGGAUAAUGACGAUGAUGGAGACGGCAUCGAUGACGACAAAGAGAAGGAUACAGAUGGGGACGGAAUUCCUGAUUAUCUUGAUGAUGACGAUGAUGGUGAUGGUAUUCCAGAUCAUUUGGAUGAUGAUGAUGACGGCGACGGAAUUCCUGACGACCAAGAGGACAAGGAUGGUGAUGGUAUUCCUGAUCAUUUGGACGACGAUGAUGAUGGUGAUGGCAUUCCUGACGAUAAAGAGAAAGACACAGAUGGUGAUGGUAUACCAGAUUAUCUCGAUGACGAUGAUGACGGAGAUGGAGUUCAGGAUCAUCUGGAUAAAGAUGAUGACGGCGAUGGCAUCCCAGAUGAACAAGAAGAUAGUGACGGAGAUGGUAUACCCGACCACUUAGAUGAUGACGAUGAUGGAGAUGGUAUAACAGAUGACAAAGAAACCGAUACAGAUGGCGAUGGUAUUCCGGAUUAUAUGGAUGACGACGAUGACGGUGAUGGCAUUCCUGAUCACUUAGAUGACGAUGAUGAUGGUGAUGGCAUUGAGGAUGAUAAGGAGAAAGAUACUGAUGGUGACGGUAUACCAGAUUAUAUAGAUGAUGACGAUGACGGCGAUGGAAUCCCUGAUCACUUGGAUAAUGAUGACGAUGGAGAUGGUAUACCAGAUGACCAGGAAGACAGUGAUGGCGAUGGUAUUCCAGAUCAUUUAGAUGAUGAUGAUGACAAUGAUGGUAUCCCUGACGACAAAGAAAAAGACACUGAUGGAGAUGGCAUACCAGAUUAUCUUGAUGAUGACGACGAUAAUGAUGGCAUUCCGGAUGAAUUGGAUGAUGAUGACGAUGGCGAUGGAAUUCCAGAUGACCAAGAAGACAGCGAUGGUGAUGGUAUUCCAGAUUAUUUAGAUGACGAUGAUGACGGCGAUGGUAUUCCUGACGACAAAGAAAAGGAUACUGAUGGUGAUGGAAUUCCUGACUAUCUUGACGACGAUGAUGAUAACGAUGGAAUUCCGGAUCAUUUAGAUGAUGACGAUGACGGCGACGGUAUCCCAGAUGACCAGGAAGACAGCGAUGGUGAUGGAAUUCCAGAUUAUUUAGAUAAUGACGAUGAUGGCGAUGGUAUUCCGGACGACAAGGAGAAGGAUACAGAUGGUGAUGGUAUUCCAGAUUACCUCGACGACGACGACGAUGGUGACGGUAUCCCGGACGACCAAGAGGAUAGUGAUGGAGACGGCAUACCAGAUCAUUUAGACGAUGAUGCUGACGGCGACGGAAUUCCCGAUGAUAAGGAGAAAGAUACAGACGGAGAUGGUAUUCCGGAUUAUUUAGACGAUGAUGAUGAUAAUGAUGGUAUUCCAGAUCACUUAGAUGAUGAUGCUGAUGGCGACGGUAUUCCAGAUGAUAAGGAGAAAGAUACAGACGGAGAUGGUAUUCCGGAUUAUCUAGACGAUGAUGAUGAUGGAGACGGCAUUCCUGAUGAAUUGGAUGAUGACGAUGAUGGUGACGGAAUACCAGAUGAUAAAGAGAAGGACACAGAUGGUGAUGGAAUUCCUGAUUAUCUCGAUGACGAUGACGAUGGUGAUGGUAUCCCUGACCAUCUAGAUGACGACGAUGACGGAGAUGGUAUUCCAGACAACGAAGAAGACAGUGAUGGCGAUGGAAUUCCUGAUUAUCUGGACGAUGACGACGAUAAUGAUGGUAUUCCUGACGAUAAAGAAAAAGAUACAGAUGGUGACGGUAUUCCGGACUAUCUUGAUGAUGACGACGAUGGAGAUGGUAUUCCCGACCAUCUGGACAAAGACGAUGACGGAGAUGGAAUUCCAGAUGAUCAAGAAGACAGCGAUGGUGACGGAAUUCCUGAUCAUCUGGACGAUGAUGAUGACGGCGACGGUGUACCAGACGAUAAGGAAAAAGAUACAGAUGGUGACGGUAUUCCAGACUAUCUGGAUGACGAUGACGAUGGCGACGGUAUUCCGGAUGAAUUGGAUGAUGACGAUGAUGGUGACGGAAUACCUGACGAUAAAGAGAAGGACACAGACGGUGAUGGAAUUCCAGAUUAUCUCGAUGACGAUGAUGAUGGUGACGGUAUCCCUGACCAUUUGGAUGACGACGAUGACGGAGAUGGUAUUCCCGACAAUGAAGAAGACAGCGAUGGCGAUGGAAUUCCUGAUUAUCUGGACGAUGACGACGAUAAUGAUGGUAUUCCUGACGAUAAAGAAAAAGAUACAGAUGGUGACGGUAUUCCAGACUAUCUGGAUGACGAUGAUGAUGGUGACGGCAUUCCAGAUGAAUUGGAUGAUGACGAUGACGGUGACGGAAUACCAGACGAUAAAGAGAAGGAUACAGAUGGUGAUGGUAUUCCUGAUUAUCUCGACGACGACGAUGACGGAGAUGGCAUCCCCGACAAUUUAGAUAAUGAUGACGACGGCGAUGGAAUUCCAGACAACAAAGAGGAUAGCGACGGUGACGGAAUUCCUGAUUAUCUAGAUGACGACGAUGACGGCGACGGUGUACCAGAUGAUAAAGAAAAGGAUACAGAUGGCGACGGAAUUCCUGAUUACUUAGACGAUGAUGACGAUGGCGAUGGUAUUCCUGAUCACUUAGAUAACGAUGAUGAUGUGUGACAAAAAUGGAUGUAAAGGAGUAAGAAAUCGGUAGAUGACGAUGAUGACGACGACGAUGAUGAUGACGAUGAUGAUAAAUCUCAGCAGUCCUUAUUUUCAAAAUUAGUAAGUGCAGUAUCAGACUUAAUCUUAUCAAACGAUAACGAAGAAAAGAAAUCCGAAAGCGUUCGAAAUUUACCUAGUCCAUCCAGGAAGAAAGACAACGACAAUGCUCAAGAUCAUGAACAAGAAAUUGACUUAUUAGAUUUAUUUUUCGGUAAUGAGGAGGAUGAAAAGGACAGUAAUGAAUUAAAUUCCAAUGAUAAUAAGAAGCGAUCUACAGGGAGCGUAACUCGAUUAGAUAAUUAGUUAACCCAAAUACGCAAACGUUAAAAUAACCAGAAAUUGAUUUAACAAAUAUUUGUCGCUUAAGUAUUCAAAAAUUUUGAAAAUAUGAAACAACAGAAGAUUUUUAUUUUUUCUUUUUUUGGUUGUAAAUUGUGAGAAAAAGAAAGAAGUUUAAUCGAUUACAAUAUUUAAAUAGUAUAAAAAUACAACAAUAGAAUAUCUACAAUUUCGACACUUUGUGAAAAUGUACUUGAAAUUGAUUACAAAAUGUAUAUUUUUAACGAUAUUGAACAUGUUAUUGUUGACUGCUCUGGUAAAUUGUUACACACCAAUUUGGUAAAUGUUAUGUAUUAUUUGUAUUGCAUACUGUGAAGAUUGUUAUUUUUGCGGUGUUCUAUUUUCCGCUAUUUUCGAGAAUAAGGUAAAACACUGAAAAUAUUAUUUAGAAAACAUAACAGUCCGUUUCAUAUUUCUGAAAAAACUUUGUGGUAAAACCGCGAAAUUUGAACCAAUGAAAAACAGUCUUUACAGUAACCGCUGCAUAAGUCGUGUUAUGACCGUCUCAACUCUGUUUGAAUAGACAUGUAAUGUAAUUGACUACAUUAAACAGAAUUUUAUUCAAUGAUCUUAAGCAUCGAGAACUGAAUAAGUGGAAAGAGGAAGAAUUCUGAAGUACAAUUUCUAAUUUGAUUCAAUCAACUCCACUCUAAAUAUGUCAAUUAAAACACUGAAUAUUUUUAUAGAUUUUUUAAAUUUCAUUUUAUUAUUGAUCUUAUAAAUUGACAUCAUUUACAUGUGUUUAACUGUCCGUUUAAAUAGGUAUAGAUCUUUUACACUAGACUUCAGUUACAUUAUGGAAUUGUUAGAAAUAGAAGAAAUAGCAAUUUUAUUUUAUUUAUUUUGCAGAACUAAACAAAGGAGUAGAUUUAAUGUGGCAUUGUGUAUUUUUUGUUUUGUUUAUAAAGUUAAUAUUUACCAUGCAUUGUAUUCCUUAUGUAGCCAAAUACGAUUCACUGUUUUCAUACAUUCCUUGGUACGUCUUUAUUGGGAGCCUGUAGAAUCUGGUCGUUAGAAAACAACAAAACAAAUGUCUGUGAAACCUGUCAGUUAGAACUUUGCAUAUCGAGAAUCUCAACGUAUUUCAAUCAAUGAAACAGGUGCAUUGGAAAUCUGCUAGUAUUGUAUUGAACUCUUUCGAUAUAUUUAUUCAUUAACAAAUUAUUAAAAUAAAUUUUCAUGUCAUUUAUUACCACCAAAAUAGUGUUUACAGAGACAAUUCUUAGUAUCCAUGGUAUAUAAAUACGUUUCUCUCUAUUGGUUUGGAUAAGGGCUAUGAUUUUAUAGCAGCAUUUUUCAAAAUGGGAAAGAUGUUUUAACUACUUUCAUCAAAUAGCAUUUGUACAAUUUUCGGUAGCAUUAACUAUGCAUAAAUCAUAUGAUUUCGGUUUCAUGAUAUAUUUUAUACAUAGAACAAAUACACUAUCAAAACAUAUUGAUGAAGUUAUAAUAGUUAAUGAAAAUAUUGCAUAAGCAUAUCAAAUACAUGUAUAGGAAUAAAUCGUUUUCGGUGUAAUCCUUGUUUUAUUCGACGAAUAUGUUCACGCAAUAUGUUUGCGCAAAAAAAAAGUUAUGAAAUAAGACUAGGCCUAGUUAGUUUAAACAAUACAAUAUAUUUGUUUAAGAAUAUUAUGAUGCCAUUAAGAAAAGAAAAUGACGUCAGACACUUUUGACAGAUAAUAUUAUGACGUCACAAAAGAGAUAACAGGUUUAGAGUCCAUACAUUACUGAGAAAUUGCCAUGGAAAAGCUGGGUUUCUUCAAAAUCAAAAAUAAAUUGUAUAUUAUGUGAUACGGAUUAUGAAUAUUAGAUCUACUCUCCUUUCCGAUCAAUACGAGAUUUAUGAAAUUCCGCACGAUAGUUUGCCCAAUUUAGUUCCCUCGAGGUUCGCUAAAACGGAAAAUCAUGAGAUUCGUUUCAUAAAUCUCAUAUGACAUGGACACGGAUAUGAGAUACUGUAUAUUUAUGUAUUUAUAAGUAAAUAUUUACAAUAAGAUUUUCAAUAUCUUGUAACAAUAUGUUGUCCGUCACACUACCAAGUAAUGUCAUUUUGAGAUUCAGUUGUACGUGUAUAUAGAUUCUAAUGAGUGAUGUGAAUGUGUAUUUCAUUAUCAUCCAAACUCAAUAUUGUACGGUCAUCUUAAAUAUAACAUUAUAUCAUUGCUCAAAAAUAUAGUCUUCCAAAUACUUGAACUACUUAUAACAGCUUUUUAGCUAUAGAAUUCAUAAUGCAUAUUUUAAAAUGAUCCCAGCUAGCUCAAAUAGUUAAUGCUGUACUAUAUACUGAAUUUCACCAGCUCUAUGCAAAUAAUGACACCUCAAAAUUGGCGUUAUUGGUCAAAUUAAAAGGAAACUGUUUUGACAUAUAAAUUUUAGUUCGUUUUGAUGGCAUUAGUUAAUGGAUAUUGUAUUUGUUCAUUCAAUCUUUAUUUAGAGUUAUGUUUGGCUAUACGAUUUUUUAACAGAAAAUAUUUGUUUCUACAUUUGAAACCGUAGUUCUAGAUAUAUAGUAAUGAUAUCAAUUACUCAUCGUAUUUAGAUGGCAUUUGAUGAUUGCGCAAUAGUUUAAAAUAUUUUACUGAAUGAUGUUGUGGAGAUAUGUGUAAAAUUUCUGUGUAUGGUUAAUGGAGUUUUUCGAUGUUUUGAGUUUCCUGAUGCACUAGUUGUCACUGUGACGUAAUGUCUACAUCAUUUCAUUUCAUUUUUUGACGUCACAUCUUACAUGCUGCGUGUCAAAUUGCUUCCAGGUGAGUCAAAAUGUACUCUUAUUUAUUUUAUCUCCUAGCCAAAACUAUAAAACUGUCAUCUCAGUCACAAGAUCCAGGGAGGAAAUAUCCAGACGAAUAUUAUAUUUGGCUUGUUUAAAACAGUAAAAUAAUUAAUAUAAAUAGUUACAAUCGGGACAUCUCGGCCAAGUCCGUCAAUUCUCGGAAUCAGAUUCCGAAUAUUCACGGAAUUAAAUUGGCGGAGAUGUUACGAUUGAACAAGACAAGUGGCAUCAUGCACUAUUAAUUUUCAAAGUUUGGAUGCCAAAUACAUGUACUUCACAAUUUUAAACCAUCUCAAACAACGGGGAAAUGGUUUCCAAAAUAAUACAUCAUGUUUUAUUAUAACAGAAGAAAUUAUACAUUUCAUUUAUGCUCAAUGAUAAAAGUAUGACAUUCCCGACAUGUCUGCUAUGACUAUGAAUUGUAAUGAUAAAAAGUAUAUUCGUGUUGGUUCAUGACUUUGUUCUAUGUUUGAAUUAGUUCAUUGUUUGAAUUUCACCAGCCAUUGCUGCCAAUGAUGUUAUUUGAAAUGUAAAACCAUUAUUUAUUUGAAAAGAUAAGCAUUCAAUCGGAACAUUUUGAUUAGCCGGGUAGUCACAUGAGCCAUAUUCUAAUCUGAUGCGUCAUACACAUAGAUUGAUGACGUAUUAUAUAAUGUUGUUAUCUCCUCUGUACAUUCGUCAAUAAAUCACUGGGAUGAAUGA